AAGACACAGAAAGGGGAAACAGAAGAGAACGCGGGAAAAAAGAAGAAAUAUCACAAACUCGACGUGGUUAUUUUUGCCUACUUUUUAUUGUUAUUGCUAUCACCUUUAUGAAUAUUUACGCGCAUUGGAGAAGUCUAUAAGUGGGUCGGAAAGACCAGGGGGAAAAGGGAUUCUCCUUCUUUUUCUUCUUCACUCAAUCACUUUGUUGUUGUUGUUGCUGCUGGACUGGGAUAUUAAAUAUAGGACACAUCCAGGAGUUUAUUGGAGCGCAGACUGAUGGCGCAAAGGUACGAUGAGCUGCCUCAUUACGGCGGGAUGGACGGAGUAGGGGUACCUGCUUCCAUGUACGGAGACCCCCACGCCCCCAGGCCGAUCCCCCCAGUCCACCACUUGAACCAUGGGCCGCCACUCCAUGCGAGCCAGCACUAUGGAGCACACGCCCCGCACCCCAAUGUCAUGCCCGCCAGCAUGGGAUCGGCUGUCAACGACGCCCUGAAGCGGGACAAGGAUGCAAUCUACGGGCACCCGUUGUUCCCCCUGUUAGCUUUGGUCUUUGAGAAGUGCGAGCUGGCGACCUGCACUCCCCGAGAGCCUGGGGUGGCCGGCGGAGAUGUCUGCUCGUCAGACUCCUUCAAUGAGGACAUCGCCGUCUUCGCCAAACAGGUGCGGGCAGAAAAACCACUUUUUUCUUCAAACCCAGAGUUGGAUAAUUUGAUGAUCCAAGCAAUACAAGUCUUAAGGUUUCACCUUUUGGAAUUAGAAAAGGUUCAUGAGUUGUGUGAUAAUUUCUGCCACCGGUACAUUAGCUGUUUGAAAGGCAAAAUGCCCAUAGAUCUAGUUAUUGAUGAAAGAGAUGGGAGCUCCAAAUCUGACCAUGAAGAACUCUCAGGAUCAUCUACAAAUUUAGCUGACCAUAAUCCUUCCUCUUGGAGAGACCACGAUGAUGCAACCUCAACGCACUCAGCAGGCACACCGGGGCCUUCCAGUGGGGGCCAUGCUUCCCAGAGUGGAGACAACAGCAGUGAGCAAGGAGAUGGUUUAGACAACAGUGUGGCCUCUCCCGGCACAGGGGAUGAUGAUGACCCAGACAAGGAUAAAAAGCGUCAGAAGAAAAGAGGAAUUUUCCCCAAAGUAGCAACAAAUAUCAUGAGAGCGUGGCUUUUCCAACAUCUCACACAUCCCUAUCCUUCAGAGGAGCAGAAGAAACAGUUAGCCCAAGACACGGGACUUACAAUUCUACAAGUAAACAACUGGUUUAUUAAUGCCAGAAGAAGAAUAGUACAGCCUAUGAUUGACCAGUCAAAUCGAGCAGGUUUUCUUCUUGAUCCUUCAGUGAGCCAAGGAGCAGCAUAUAGUCCAGAGGGUCAGCCAAUGGGAAGCUUUGUAUUGGAUGGUCAGCAACACAUGGGAAUCCGGCCUGCAGGUUUGCAAGGCUUACCAGGGGACUACAUAUCUCAGGGUGGUCCUAUGGGUAUGAGUAUGACACAGUCAAGUUACACUCCUCCCCAGAUGACCCCUCACCCUACUCAAUUAAGACAUGGACCCCCAAUCCAUUCAUAUUUGCCAAGUCACCCCCAUCACCCAGCCAUGAUGAUGCACGGAGGACCCCCUACCCAUCCUGGAAUGACCAUGUCAGCACAGAGCCCCACCAUGUUAAAUUCUGUAGAACCCAGUAUCGGUGGACAGCUUAUGGACAUUCAUGCCCAAUAGUAUAAGGGAACUCAAGGAAAGAAAAAAAACUAUUUUAAGACUUUUGAACUCUGACCAGAUGAUGACACUUAAUACACAAUUCCAGACAGCUGUGAUUAUUUUUUACUUUUAUCAUUUUUCAUCAACAACAGAGGACCAAUGGAAACAAGAACACAAAUGUGAAAUCAUGGGCUCACUGAAAACAAUCUGUGUCCAUGUAAAGAUCCUCUGGGAAAAAAGACUCCAAGAGUUAUAACUACUGUAGUAUAUAAACAUAGGAACUAAGUUAACUUGUAUAUUUCUGUUGAUCACUCCGUUAUGUUGCUUCAAAUAGUUUUAGAAGGAGAAAAAAAUAUCCUUGUUUUCCACACUAUGUGUGUUGUUCCCAAAAGAAUGACUGUUUUGGUUCAGCAGUGAAGUCACUAUCCAUGAAAGACAACAGUAUGUUUCAGACCUGUUUUGGCCAGUGAGAAAAGAACUACCCUGGAGAUGAAGAUAAAGUCUUGCUGGGUCUCUCAUCGCUCGGAAGACAGUUCCAAGAAGGCCUUGCCAUCCCCUGGUUUUGUUCCUUCAUAAAUGUGUCCUUUAGUUUCAAACAGAUCUUUAUAGUUUGUGCUUCAUAAGCCCAAGAUAUUUUCGGACUCUUUUUUUCAAAGAGCUUGCAGGUGAAAAUUUAAAAAGACAGAGCAGGAGCUCCUUCCAGUAGUUCUGAGCCUUGGCUUGGGACAAAACAAAUCUGAAGGUUGGGCAGCUUUCCUCAACAAAAGAAGAUAUUAAUGAUCUUUGCACCAAACCUAGAACUUUAUCAUGAACUCAGAGCUUGGGAAAAAGCAAGAGAAUACUGUAACAAACUUCGUACAGAGUUCGGUCUAUUAAUUGUUUCAUGUUAGAUAUUCUAUGUGUUUACCUCAAUUGAAAAAAAAAGAAUGUUUUUGCUAGUAUCAGAUCUGCUGUGGAAUUGGUAUUGUAUGUCCAUGAAUUCUUCCUUUCUCAGCACGUGUUCCUCACUAGAAAAAAAAUGCUGUUACCUUUAAGCUUUGUCAAAAUUUACAUUAAAAUACUUGUAUGAGGACUGUGACGUUAUGUUUUAAAGAAAAGGUGUUAAGUCACAAA